AUGUCCCCACCAAGUACAAAGACCAUUAAUAAUAAUAAUAAUACUAUCAAUCAAUCAGCAGUUACAUCAACUUUACCUCCACCUCCACCACCCCCACUUCCAGAAGUCUCUCGCAUUUGGUAUCCUAUUACUAUCAACAAAGCUUCAACCGACCCCACCACAACUACAUUCACAGGAGACUUGUCUUUAUUAAAUAGCUAUCAAAGACAUUGUAUUUCACAAGAAUCGGAAUCGACCGAAACAACUAAUAAUAAUAAUCAAACAACUUCAACCAAAACAACCAUGGUAGGACAACAACAACCAACAGUUCUAUUCAAGAAUGAUUUAAAUGCAAAACCACCAGUCAAUCCAAAGAUUGCUCAUCAUAUAGAUACAAUGCAAAUGUAUAAUUUAAUGCAAGAUAUAGCCAUACCAAAGAUGAUAAUGGAUUUGAGACCACGUGAAAUGUAUGAACGGUCACAUUUAAAGGCUGCCAUUUCUAUCCCACCUCCUUCAUUGGAACAAGUAGACGAUGAGCAUCUACCAGAGUUUAAUAUGACCAAAUAUCUCGCUGUACAUUGUCCGACUACUCGAUACUGGAAUCUGAUGCUUUCGCAAGCCGUCAUCUAUACCGACGGGUCUGUGUCAUCAGAGAUGGGUCGUGAACACACCUUGUCACGCGAGUCGAUCGCCAUGCACGACAAUUCCGACGUUCACCCACUCGAGUCACGUGAUCCAACGUCUUGGUUCAACUUUGUGUUACACUAUUUGAUUGCACGUUCUAAAAAGACAGCCAUCUCGAUCUAUGACAAUGGAUUCGAGGCAUUCAACCAACACUAUCCUUUUCUCUGUCGCGGCGUCACUGUCAGCAACAAGGCAUACCGCAAUAUCCCCGAAUCUUCCCUAUACCCUUCUGAAAUAUUAAAAGAUUUCAUUUAUCUUGGUGCUUAUGAAAAUGCAACAAGUAGAUCUCAACUUGAUAAUCUUAAAAUUACACAUAUAGUAAAUAUGGCAUCAGAAUUAGAAGAUGCAUUUCCACAUUUAUAUAAAUAUUAUCGUGCUGAUUUGGAUGAUAAUUUUAGAGCAGAUAUUACUAGUCAUUUCGAACCAAUCAAUCAAUUUAUCGAUAGUGCCAAAGCAACUGGAGGUAGAGUGUUGGUACAUUGUGCAAUGGGAAUUAGUAGAAGCACCACUGCCGUCAUGGCAUAUAUAAUGAAAACACAAGGAUUGGAUUACGCAACCACUAGACAAUUGGUAAAGGAAAAGAGAUCAAUCAUUCAACCAAACGUUGGAUUUGUCAAGGCUCUUAAAGCCUAUGAUGAAAAACUUCAUGAAUCGAAACCGAUCGAUUCUAAAGGAUCAUCAUUAUCAUCAUCUCAAACCCAACUACAACAACGAUCAUCAUCCUCUGGGUCCAUUAUGAUAACAAAUAAUGAUGGAUGUACGUCCAUUUUAUCAAGUAGUCCUCCUAGUACCACUAUUCCUCUUCCUCAUCAUCAACCAAUAAACUCUUCCUUGUAA